UAAAGAAGAAAUUCUAUUGUUUUAAAAUAUCACGUAUUUUCGACUGACAAAUUACUUGGCAACACUUAAUAAGAAUACAAUAGCUGACUCCAUCUUGAAAGUAAAGCGUUGUCAAGCUCAGGAGAAAAAUGGCUAAAGUAAAGGCACGUGAAUUGAGAGGAAAGAAAAAGGAGGAUCUUCUUAAACAAUUAGAAGAACUUAAGCAAGAAUUGGGAGCAUUGAGAGUUGCUAAAGUUACAGGUGGAGCUGCUUCAAAAUUGUCAAAAAUACGUGUGGUACGUAAAUCAAUUGCUAGAGUUCUGACUGUAAUUCAUCAGACACAGAAGGAAAAUCUCAGGAAAUAUUACAAGGGAAAGAAGUACAAACCUAGAGAUUUACGACCAAAGAAGACCAGGGCUAUGAGAAGAGCUCUCACCAAGCACGAGCAGUCCAUAAAAACAAAGAAGGAACUAAGAAAACUUAGAGUGUGGCCAAUGCGGAAAUAUGCAGUAAAGGCCUAAUUAAUCUAUGUAAAAAAAGUAGGAUUUGGUAUAAUAAAUAUACAUACCAAU